GUCGCACCGAUCCGUGACACAUCGGUUGUCCAAGUGUAGCUCUAUGUUUCUGCUGAUUGUGUGUUUCUGCUGAGAUCCACUGCAUGCAUGCUCCCUCCCCACCUUUUGCUAGUUGCAAUAAAAGCCCUGCUGGCACAAGGACGCUUCACUGCAGAGGAGCUCAAGUGUCCUGAGAAGUAGACGCAACGCCUGACUUGUCCUUUUGAGCCACGCUGCGUGGUUAGUGCAUUGUAAUCAUGACCACUAAUUUGAUCAAGAAUCCCAGAGGUGAAGUGUUUCCCUCCCAGAGCAACUGGAUUUCUGGGAGCUGACAGAGACCGGCGGUAGCGAGUGGACGGUGGAGGACAUGCCGGGAGACUGCGGCCAUGACUUCAGUGAUACGGCUGUCACAAAAUACUUUGCAACCUCCUUUGAGCUGUGUCUGAAGAGACAAGUCAUUGACUUAUUGGAGCAGGGUUUCACUUGUGAGCAGCUGGACGCCCAACCUGUCGUAUCAGUUGAAGACUGGUACUGCGGGAGGCAGGACUGUGGCUGCACCUACCAGAUAACGGUGUGUCUGCUGGAUGAGAAUCAUGUGGUCAUGCAGGAGUUCACGCCCGAACCUGUGACUCUGGACCCGGAGUGUGACGACUGCUCAUGGAAGCAGGUCAGCCACACCUUUUCAGAGUAUGGUCCCGGUCUACGUUUCAUCUCCUUUGAACAUGGAGGCCAUGACACAAAGUACUGGGAAGGCUGGUAUGGAGUGAGGGUUACUGGGAGCUCUGUUACGCUUCAGGUGUAGGCAAGGGGGGGGGGCAUGUAUUUGUUCGUGCAAUGCUUUCAAGAUGACCAUGGUAACCUUAUGCAACAGUACGGAACAUCAUGCAUGUUUCACGCUA